CAUCCGUCAAACUGCUCAAAAACGAAGCGAGCUUGCUGCUUCACCAUGGAAUGGUCUGCAGACGUAUUCCGCGAGAUUGCCGAGUGGCUGGAUACGAAAACGUGCCUCACCCUGCAGUCGACGUGUACAGAGGCGUCUUGCGCCCUCAGUCCCGCCUACUUCCGGCUGCGGCUGAGUGACUACCGCCGGACACGCUCGCCACGCCCGCGUGGAUCGGUUCCCUUCACCGUCGAUGUGUCGGCACCUGUGUGGGCGAGGGCCAGCAUGAUAAUCGAAGCGGGCAGGCACUGGGGCAGAUGGGACGACGUCAUAGGCCUGCGAAGGCGGCUGGGAAGGAGAGACAUCGUCAUAGGUGCGCGCAUGUGGCCGAGGGGGGGAUGAGGGGGACACAGGUGUUCAUCUGCAUAUAAUGCCCGCCUUGUGUUGUGUUGUGUGUGCAGGCGACGAUGACGCGAAUGACGAGGAGAGCCUCCGCAGCUUCAGGGAGCUGCCGUCCUCGCUGGCACAGCUGAGCUUCCUCGGCCCUCACGUCGGCCUGGGCCUCACAGUGGACACAGGCGGCCAUUCGCUGCUCUCCCGCUCCCUCACCGUUCGCUUCGAGGAGCCUCUGAGGUGCGAGGCCGCACUGGAUGUGUCCAAUGGUGCUGAGGACCCACUCGUCAGCAGGUAUGUAACGCACCACUCACAAGCAUGAACUCUUACAGGGAGCGCAUUCGUCCAGGCUGUUUGUGUGUGUGUGUGUGUGUGUGAUGCUUGCAGUUGUUCCGUAUACGGUCAGUCGACCAACACGUCAGGCCGCGAGACGCACCUGACCUUCUCCACCCUGGCGCUGUGGCUGUAUCUGCGCUCCUACUGCAAGGCGGCGUCGUACGUCAUGCAGGUAAGGGGCGACAUCGAGGCGCUGCUGCAUCACCUCGCACACAUGAGGAGCAAGGCGACCAACAGCGACAAGAGGGCGGCGCCAUCGUCCAGCAGCAGCGGCAUGUUCGACGUGUCGCCGACCAGCAGUGCGUCAAGAGGAAGCUCACCAUCACCCACACCCACACCAUCACCGGCAGGCGAGGAAGACGACGAGAGCCCGACAGCAUCCUCUCCGCCGCCAGGGCGGCGCCCCGAGGACUCGUCAGGACCGCCGAUCGGCCCGAAGCGCCCGCAUUUGCACACGGUGGACGUGUCGAGCUUUCUGCUCUUGUCGGACUGGUCGUCGACCAGCAGCAAGGAUGGCGGCAAGGUGUGGCUGUUCGGCAACGGGUGGCACUUCCGGAGCAAUGUGCCCAAGAUGCUGCUGACCUUCAGCUGCUGGCCCCACGACGACGGCGUCGUGAGGGCGUUUGCUGACAGUAUCAAGGCUGUCGGGGGCGUCGACAGUGUAGAGGGGCCAUAUUUGGUCCAUAGACAGUGAGGAAGGAAGGAGGGAGAGAGACAGAGAGCGAGUGUACAGUCAAGCCGCCUUGUCGUGUCGUGGGUGAGGGGCAUACAUGCCCGGAGGCGUGUCUGUGUGCGCGUGUGCGCGUGUGUAGCGGCAUGCAGUUCACUGUAGUGUACUCUAGCCGCUCGUUUUUCCCCCUGCUGCGGCGAGGGAGUUGCUGUACAGUGAUUGCGGCGUUGGGUUCUUUUUGGCCAAUGUGUUUUUCGCUAUGCCGGACGGACGGAGAGAGGGCCAAGGUCGGUGACCGUGUUCUUUCGUAGUUGUAGCGCGAUGAGGGGCCCGCUGCGAUGCGAUGCGUCAGCUACACGCCUCACAUCGACGCGGGCAACUCGGUCGCGUGACAGACAUGGGAGACACGUCGACGACCGACAGGAGGAGAGAGCAAGGAGCAGGGCUGGUUUUGAUGGGCUACCAAGUGGUGUUGUUUCGACACACGUGGUCAGUCAGUGACAGCAGGUUGCCGUGUGUCUGAUGAAUGCGUUCUUGCGCGCCGGUUGUGCGUCUUCCCUUCCGUGUGAAAGUCUCAUGGAUGGCGAGGUGUGACAUCUUUCACAAAGGUGUCACACUAUGCCAUCCACGAGGAGGGCCAACGGAGGCGGGGAUCCACAACCAAUAACCAAUGGCGCUAGCCAACAAGUGGCGAGAGAGAAGUGAGAAUAUCAUGAGCUUUGGCUGUGAUGGAAACGUAUUUUCCUGGUGCUUUCCAUGUUGGAUCGAUGUGUGUCCCGCUCCCUUGGUGGCCUGUGUCGUCCGACCAGCUGAGACGCUUUCGCUCUGUCGCUUGUUGACGGCAUUGCUAACGCGUCUCACAGGGCAGGGCCAGCAGGCCAACGAGGUGCGGAAACUGGAAUCAGUGUCGGACGGACUCGUCAUGAUGUUCAUGUCAUGGGAAAUGAAAUGAUCUCUGUCGUGC